UAUGUAUAACCAACAACAAACGAAUCCUUUACAACAUGGUGCAGCUGCACGAAUUGUGAGGCCAAACCUUGCUGCUCAUCCUCAAAUGUCUCCAAAUGUCGCGGCACAUUCGCCUGCUCAAUCCCUUCAUGGUCAACAAGUUCUUGACAAGCCAGGGGUGUUCAACACUGGACGAUCUCCUCAAUUAGGCAGUGUUUAUUCUUAUCCGGGUUCUGCUGGUUCAGUUCCCUUUAGUCCUCAACAGCAUGUAAGUGUUGGACAACAACAUGCAAUUUAUGGAAGUCAACAUUUAUUGCAACACCAACCACAAUCGCAGCAAAUGUCUCAUCCCUUAUCUGAUGCUCCAGCGCCAAAUACUCCUUCCACGCCUCAACAAAUUCCGCAGCCUCAUUCUACUGGCUCAACAGCCACCACAGCAACAUUUCAUACGCAUCAACCUGUACCUCAAGGUUCCGUUGGCCCACCUUCUUCAAUACCGAUGCAGGUUGGUACCCCGGCCGUUGCUCAGUCGACAAAUGCAUCUCCAAGCAAACAGCCGUCAACUUCAACACAGCCCCCAGCUGUUGUGCAACCGGAUAUUGACCCAAUUGCAACUUCCAAGAUGUUAAUUUUGAAGGAUUUGAGAAGAACUAUUGUUGAUUUAAACUUGUGUGCAGAAAAAGUUGUUGAAAACUUUCUUUCUGAAUCCACUGGUGUUCCAACAGCAACUGGUGAGCGUCCAGAGGAGAGACGAUCAAAUAUUAUUGGUGCUUCAACAACUGGUGGUCCUCAUUCCAAUUUAGGCAUAGGAGGGCCUCAUUCAACUGGUCCUCAUUCAAAUUUAGGCUUUGGAGGACCAAAUUCAGUCAAUCCACAUUCUGUCCAAAACCCUCUUUCUGUUAAUCCUCAAUCUGUUAGUGCAAUUCCGCCUGGGUCAGUCAAGUCGGGUUCUGCUACUGAUGAAUUUGGGAAAAAGGAAAUUGAAUUAUCAGCAAAGGAGCAAUAUGAUAUGGCUAAAAAUAGUUUUAUGAAUGUUUGUGACAAUAUAGAAAAUAAUAUGAAGUUGAUAUUGGAAGUAAAUAGACAACAAGGAAAAUUAUACAAUACUAAUGCUGGUUCUGCUAUAGUUUCUGUUCCUAUACACGCCGGAAUAAGUGGACCAACGUUAACUUUACCAAAUAUGUUGCAUGAUUUUACACAAGUAAUGAAUGCUGAUAAACAGGCUAUUAAGUCGAAUAUAGAAGAAUUGAAUAAUUUAAUGAAGAAAGUUUCCAAUGGAAAAAAUUGAGAGAAGUCUUUUUUGUAAUUUAAAACUUUUGUGUUUUUAAUAAAUUGAUUUUUAAAAAUUUUUUUCUUUGAUCUUCUAUGUGUUCUUUUAUAAUAUCGCUUAAUACUUUUAUUUUUGCUUUUCUUUUGUCUUUUCAAUUCUUUAGAAAAUUUAAAUUUUGCUAACUGAUU